CCCAAGAUGGCUGCUCCUAUGUCUUAGGUCCGGUGUAAGGUCGGCAGGAUCCGUCUCCUUUGUCUUUUCUUUGAAGGCCACGCCUGUGCCCCAUUUUUUCUGCUGUUGAGGGGGACAUAUCUGAGUAAUGGCAGGGGGUCUCCCUUGGGCGGCAAGUAGGAGUCUACGGGGUUGGCUGCCCUUGGCCUGCAGAAGUUUCUCUCUGAGUGUCCCAGAACUGGCCCGUAUAAGGCUUACUCUCCCACCCCCAAGAGUAGUUGAUCGCUGGACCGAGAAGAGGGCUCUGUUUGGAGUAUAUGACAACAUCGGGAUCCUGGGAAACUUUGAAAAGCACCCCAAAGAUCUGAUCAAGGGCCCGGUAUGGCUUCGAGGCUGGAAAGGGAAUGAGUUGCAACGCUGUAUUCGAAAGAAGAAAAUGGUUGGAAAUAGAAUGUUUGCUGAGGACCUCCACAAUCUUAACAAACGGAUCAGCUAUCUGUACAAGCACUUUAACCGGCAUGGGAAGUACCGAUAGAACAGAAAGCUGUGGGCUGUGGAAGAGACACAUUUGUCACCCUAGAGGAGGGGAACAGGAUUUACCUCUAUGAGGAAAGGGUUUUGUAUGUUCUCUGUAAUAAAAUGGGCCUUCUUUGGAAUCUGA